ACAGUGGGCGGGAGAGCCGAGGCGCCUCGGGAGCGAAUGUACCCCAUUCCCGCUCCGACUCUCGACUGACACGUUCGCCUCGCGCGCGCCCCACACAAAACUUUCCGUAACUUACGAACACGUCCACCCGUGCAGUGAAAUCGUAUGCAAUUUGUGUUCCAAAAGUGCUGUGACCAAGUAAAUCCUGUGCCUCGAAUAAAACUUUCAAAGGAUCUCAUUCUGGAACUGUUAAUGGAUGGGUUUUAAACUUUCGUUGAUGGGGUGUUCCAUACGAUGAGCGUGCGGCGGCGGUGCGGGCGACGUUCGAACCGGCGCGACUCGCUUGCGCACUGAGCAGCAUGGCGGCCACGCAAGCGCACUCGCGCGCUCUGCUGUUUGUCGUCUUGCUGCUGUGCAAAGAAUAUGGAGUUACAAGCCUGGAGCUGCUGGAGCUACACGUCCCUGCACACGUGCCGCUGGGUACACGCGCGCAGCUGUCGUGUCGCUGGCAGCUGGGGGAGCACGACGUGCUAUACUCCGUCAAAUGGUACAAGGACGGCCGCGAAUUUUUCCGACACGUGCCGCGUGACCUCGAGCCACGGAGGAAAUUCCCGCUGCCGGGAGUCGACGUCGAGAAAUCGAGUCCAAACGGCGCGAACGUGACCCUGUCCCCGGCGGUGCUGGAGACGGGCGGGCGGUACCGCUGCGAGGUGUCCGGGGAGCGCCCGCUGUUCCCCACCGUCUCCGACCACGCUGACAUGCUCAUCGUUGCGUUGCCAGACCGCGGGCCAACGAUCUCGGGAUCCCGUCUGCGGUACCAGAUCGGGGACCGAGUGCAGGUCAACUGCACAUCAGGACGGUCUCGACCAGCCACCAGGUUGGCUUGGUACAUCAACGGAGAACCAGCACCAGCGGGGGCCGUGCUGCCACCCGUGCAUGAGAAGCACGGCGACGGCUUGGAAACUACAAGCCUCGCUCUCGACUUUAAAGUCAAGCCGAAGCACUUCAGGAAAGGAGAUCUCAAACUAAAAUGCUUAGCAACGAUAGCUACUGUAUACUGGAGAAGCAAUGAGGAGAGCGUCCAGGGAGACCGGUCCAAGGGAUAUGCGCGGUCCAGAGAGCUGACUGAGGGUGGUUCCAGGGCCGACAGGGUGCAAGCCGCAGGGAGACCUGGGGCCGCACACAUGGCCCCUCCUUGUACCCUACUCCUCGCCACUGUACUGGUCAUUACCAGGAUUGCUACGUAAAAGUGAACUUACAGAACAUUUCGUAAUGAUGCGUUGCCUGUGUCCUAGAGACUGUUCCAGAAGUGUAUUUGGACGCGGCUUAUUGUAAAUCUGUGAAUGGAAGCUUCAGUUAUGGUUUAGUUUGAUGAAGAUUGCUUGAACAACGAUUUCGAUAGGACUUUCACAUGAUAAAAUGAAUGUUGUAAAGUUGUUAAACAACGCACAGGCGUCUGUAAACACACCUAAGACUUUAUUAUUAACAUCUAUAUUGUAGGUAGAUUAAAUACUUUCAAAUCUGAUUUAAAGUGAUCUGUGUGCCAUUUGCAAUAUAAUUUAUGCAUUUUUUGUCACCUCAGUGUUUCCAAAGAUUGUGUUCCUGACCAAAGUAAUGUUUCAUAGGUGUAAAUGGAUUCCGUGUACAUUACUUCGUAAACAUAACAGCCUUACAUUUACUUACGUAUGUUAUUACUUCACAAAAUAAAUUAAAUGUUUUCGCGUCAUUGGCGGAACGUAUUGGAGCAAAUUCCUAUAUCAGGCACCAGUAUUGUGUAUUAUAAUUUAUGAUGGUAGAGCUCUACAAUUAUUUUUCAGUAUUAAUCCAUUCAGCGCUUAUUACAUAAAGGUAAUUGAUUAAUUAAUUAUCAAAAAGUAUACGGUACUUAAUCAUGAACAAAUAUUUUAAUAUUGUAAGUAUUAAUUAUAUCGAUGUUUCGAUUAUGUUGUAUUUCAAACAACCAUUGUUGCAAAGAACUGAAGAGUCAGAUAUAUAGCAUUUCUGCGAAGCAAGUAAUUUCUCAGAACUGGAUUUAUUUCGUUUUCUUGUUUGUACACCCAAUUGUUAAUUAAUUUGCAACGUUAUUCAUUAACAGUAACUCUCCGUGCCAGCUCAAAUUGUCUGAAAAUAUUUUAUAUACUUUAAUUUAUAUUUGAACUUUCAUUUCAUUACAAAAAGUUAGUAAAUUAUAUAUGAAACAUAUCAAAUAAAUGAAACUGUAUACUGUAUUGUAAAAUAAAAUUUUUAGCAAUUAAAUGUGAUUACCAUUCUGUAUUUAAUAAUAGCAGGUGUAAUUUAUUUUCUUCAUAACAUUUUUAUAUUCAAUUAUAUGUGAUUUACAGGCAGUUUUCAACUCAGGGUCAUAGUGAUCUUAAAUACAACUGUUAGUAUUUUAGUUCGCUUGAGAAUGUAUAAUAUUUAGUUGAAAAUUACGAAAGUUACAUAGAUAGAUUUUUUACGAAACCUCUGGAAUAUGUUUCAGCCUAUGUUCAUCGAGCAGCAUGUUCAUUUCUAUUGUUGUCAUAAGUUUACCGAGACGAAUAAAAACUAGUCAGACAUAAUUCCCAAUCAUUAUGUUUCUUACACAUAUAAACAUUGUACCAUUGCUUAGACUGGUAAAAAAUAUCUUAAAUCUCUCAUAGGGAUCUACCCUGAUUGCCGAUAAAAUAUUUACGUACAAUAAUGUUCGAUAACGUAACAUUUGCAUUAACCUUUAUUAUCGAAUGACCCUUUGCUUUAGUACCCCUUGCACUAUUAGACGCCCCACACUAUAGUUAAAUGCCAAUUAGUUAAUUAUAAAGCUCUGUAAAUAUAUCGUAAAAAGAACAUUUUGAAAAUGUCAAUUUACAAAAUAUGUCAAUCGUAAACUUGGCUGCGUGUUUACUUCUAAAAUUAUAAUAAAAAUAAUUUAUUAAAAGAAUAAGACCUGCUCGCGACACUGUUAGCAUUAGCUUUUUUGUGACUUAUUGUAGAUUUGCCGCAAACUACCUACUUGGUCGGAUAAAUGGGGAGCGUUGAGGGCUGUCACCCGGUACAAAAUUUAAGACCUGAGAUAUUAUUCUUUAUUCUAGUUGGAUGCGAGUCUCGGCUCUGGGCAUCGUCUGAGAGGAUAAUAUUCGAAAGAAUUAAUCGACCCUAGUUGGUCGAUAGCGAUAUGCGCUGAAUGAGGGAAAUCGUCGACCACGCGGCGGGGUCUGUAUCGGGCUUCUGAAGUGUCUGUUGUCGCAAGCUGAUUGGGCGCCUCUAAGGCUAGAGUAAUCGGGUCAUCGGGAGUUAGCAUUAGCGACAACAAUGCCGACAACUGAUUUCCGUUCCGGGAGACGGGUAACAGUUUGUGUGCUGCAUAAAAUUUAUUCCAUACUAAUAACGAACGCUACUAAUUAAGCACUCUGUAAUCGAUUAAUAUCUAUUUAGCUCCGAUAUGUACGCAUUAAGGUUAUGAAAAUUGUGCAAAUGUUGAAUGCUGCAACGGCAUCCUUCCUUCCUUUUUUCCUUUACGGCAUUUUAAUAUUUUAUAUCGCGGGCAAUGCUGUAAGUGUCGAGUAGCAGGCCUAAAUUAAUAUUUGUUCAGUAGUUAAUACUACUUAUUCCAUUAUUAUAACGUCGGACAAACAUGACGCUGUAAAAUAAUAUAUUUUGUAAAUUUUAGACUAAAAUAAAAAAAUUGAUAAGACUAGCGUAAGUUAAUAUAGUAAUAUACACAUACAAUAUAAUGUAUUUUAUUUCACUAGUCACAGAGAGAUGAAAUUGUAUAUCAAUUAUCAAGAUUGCUAGAAAUUUAAAAAUGUCUAAUAUUUGUUUGUAAAAUUAGAGAUUAUUGAAAUUAUGUUUUUGUAGGUACGGUUUUUCAUAUGCUUGGAAUUGUUGGUCUAUAAAGUACAUUGAUUUGUAUAAGGGAUUUUUAAACAGUUAAUUAUGAUAUUAAUUGCAAACAUAGGAUUCAUCCAUACCACGGAUAAAUAAGGAUGGUAAAUAAGAUUAUUUUGGUCUCCCAAGGGCUUAAGAUUUGUUAUUGUAUUUUUCCCCAGCUUAUAUAUAUACCUAAAUACCAAAAUGUCGGUGUAGCAACCGUUUUAAAUUGAACAUUAAUCUGUCACCGACAGUGGCGGAUUUACAAAUUUGCCGCCAGUAGGCUAUUCAAAUUUUGCCGCCCCUACUGACCUCUGAAAUUCGAUACUAAUUAUAGUCGAGUGCAAAGCGCUACCAAAAACACGGCGCAAAGUUAGCAAAAUAUGUUCGGUUGAAGCCCGUACAGACGUAAGAAUGUUCAGUAUACUGUGCAUUACUAAAAUGUUAUAACUCUUGUCACUUGUUUCUUUGUGUAUAGGUAUAAUAUCUAUUAUUUUACUUCUGUAAGACAAAAAAAAAUUUGGGCCAAAUUUGCCGCCCCCUAAAAUCUGCCGCCCUAGGCUUCAGCCUACUCAGCCUACUGGUAAAUCCGCCACUGGUCACCGAAAAGACCAACCCAAUCCUUCCUAUAGAACCAUUAUUGACAUUACAAAUAUGCAAAUCAGCGUAGAGUUAGGUUAUUUUUUUUGUAACUAAUAAAUAUCUACAGGGAUAUUCCGUAACCGUUUGUUAGUUACCUUUUUCAGUUGAAUAUAAUUUUGCACCAAAUAUAACUGAUUACCAAAAAUAAAUCAUAUUAGUUUGUUACCGUUACACUGUCAUAAUAUUUAAAGGAAACCUACCGGUGCUUAGCUCUUAGCAUUGACUACCCAAUUAGCAUUGAUCGAUGCUUGGGAACGAUAUCCCAUUAAUAUUAUUAUGAUGACCACAACAGUUCUUAAGGACAUGCGCAACAUCACUAAAGGCUGGUUGUUGAUGUGCUUGAAUUUUUCCUGCCUGAACUGACUGCAGCAUAGAUCACCUAACUUUGUUUGUCAUUGCCGAUACGCAAGCUCUAUUGACGACUCUUCAUGUUUUAGCGAUUCAAUCAGUCAUAUUUAACGACUGGCCAACCUACUCGAGAAAGGAAUCACAUAGUUCACAACAAUAGGCGACUGUAGCCAGGUCACUCUAUUCUUGUCCACUUAACAACGACGUUAUAUAUGGAGGACAGACGGUGUCAAUGGAUUUUAUGCCAGUUGCCUGAAAGGUAUACAUUUUUAAAGACUUCAAGUUUCAAAUGAUUCAGCCGAUUUGUUUAUUAAUUAAGCUAUUAAAAAUUCAUGUGAUAACGACAGACGACAACGUUCAGGCUAUAUCGAUCUUUGUGUUCAAAAUAACUUCUGAGUUAAACAUGGUGUCUUCUGAGUUUGCAUAAAAUAAGCACCCUAUAAAUACGAUUGUGUUUAUUUUGAAUCGUAUCCCUUCACUUGCGGCACACCCCGGACACUUCAUACAAACAACCUCAUUUUACACAGACACUACACAUUGACAUUAUCGUGCACGCGCAUCUGUGUGUGUGACGUCUGACACCAUACGAUUCAAGUCUAAACUAUGUUCGAGGUAAACCUAGCUCAAGCGCUGGUGGGGUGCGGCGAGUUGCCGUUCUAUACGUAGUAAUAUUCCUUAUUCUAUGCUUGCGGGUAAAUAUCUGUAACUCAUCUACACCAUUGCCAUACUUCUUUCCUAUGACGUAUUGGAGCAGCGAGGCCAGUAAUCUCCCUUAAGUAAAUCCAGCCCAAUGCUGUUUAAGUUAGGUUACGCAUUUCUCGGGAAUGUAUGUACCUCACGAUGUUUUCCUUCACCGUUGAGCAUGUGAUAAUAAUUUAUAAUCCAAACAUGAAUUUCAUGAAUUAUCUACGUAAAGUAUCUGUCCCAAUUUGACCUUACAAACUUUGAGCCCUAGCCGCAUUGCCAGCCGCAUAUGUUUUGACAAAUUAUCGGUACAAUCUGGCAUCCAUAUUACUUCUAAGUUGUUUGUAGAAAUAUAAGUACAAUAGAGUCUCACUGUUAUAAACCCCGGAUCAUUGUUAAAAUUAAUUAAGUAACCAAAAUUUUUAAUGAAUCAAACCUAGGUAUUGAAGUUGUAUGUAUAAUUUUCACAUUGUACUAAUAUGUAUUUCGGAAUACGCAGUUGAAAUUGUUGCUUAUUAUUGUUAUGAAAUAUAUAUUAUAGUGUGUAAGAAUGAAUAUGUAAAUAAUGGGUAAAUUGUGUAGCUCAAAAUAAAGAAAUACGAAUAAACUAUGUGAUCUACA